AUGCGGUUCUUUCAAGCGAUUCUCCUCACUCUUUUGAGUUUCGCCACAGCCGAUGAUGUAAUCUACAGUUCGAAUCAAGGCCACACUUUUGGCACAGUUCUCGUGUCGACAAUCGAUGGACAACUCAGAGCACUUGACACUUUUAAUGGGAGACAAAAAUGGGCGCUGAAAGAAGCACCAGUUCUUCGUGCUCCAAAAGCCAUCAAACAAGGCUUCACAUUUCUGCCGAAUCCACAAGAUGGAACAUUGUAUGCACUAAAAGAGGGAGCACUCAAAAAGAUGCCAUUUUCUAUUCCACAACUUGUUCAUCUUUCUCCAUCAAAAGACAAUGAAGGUGUACUGUAUGCUGGAAAUAAGAAAGAUGUGUGGUUUGGUUUGGAUCCAGAAACGGGAAGCAAAAUCGAGACUCUUUCAUCGAUGACAGCUGAGAGAAUUUGUCCGGCCAAUAAGGCAAGAGCGAUCUUUAUUGGAAGGAGUGAGUACCACUUGAGUAUGUUCGAUACAAAAGACCGAACGAGGACGUGGAAUGCAACUUUUACUGAUUAUUCGGCACAUCUAUUACCAACCGAUGCUGCUUACCCAUUUCAACAUUUCGCUUCCUCAAGCACCGGGCAUGUGCUCACAGUGGAUAUUGAUGGACAAAUCGUUUGGGAAAAGGAUUUGGGACAACCAAUUGUUGCAAUGUAUCUAUUACAGAAUGAUGGCCUUCACAAAUUGCGCUACACAGUGAUCGGUCGAGAAUCGAUGGAACGUCUCAUCACGCCCGUAUUUCAAAACACAAACACAAUUUUCCGAAUAAGAAAACAAAGAAUUCGACUUUCUAAAUGGCUCCUAAGUAUCACAGAUUAUUGGGGGGAUGAGAGUUCAAAU